UCUUACACACACACACACACACACACACACACACACACACACACACAUCAAUCAAUCAAUUUUUAAAAUUCUACUGUAUCUAUAUUUUGCUUUUCCAGUUUCUCCCUUGGAGAAUUAUUUUGUACAAAAUUAAUUUGUAAGUCGAAUUGUUGGCCUUCAUUUUUUGAGGUGACUGCAUUUGGGGGCUGGGUCGGAGAGGCACUGCUCUGAAACAUGGUCGUCCACCAAGUGGGCGGGGCAUCCUGACAGGGACCUCUAGUCCAUAAACCAUGGAGCAGGGCACUUUAUGGGAGAGAUGCCAACCCCAAACACUAUAUAAAACUAGCAACCUACUGUAUGUCUCUGCUAAUAGAAAGUAAACCUGUGGGACUACAGACUCUAUUCACUCCUAUGUCUCCAGUGUCUACAACAGUGCCUGGCACAAGGUAGGUGCUUAGUAAAUUUGUUAAAUAGAUGGAGCCAGGCAUUGUGCUUCAACUUUGGUGGCUUCUAGCAGUGCCACACUUUCCAUGGGAAAGAUGCCCAGGAGCAGGGAAGGGGUGGGAGUGGUAACUCAAACCUCUAGCUCUGCUCCCUUCUUUAGGAUCCAAAAUCCUUGAACAUUUUGAGACUGACUUUCAAAAGUCUCUGAUAAAGUAGGUGGAGAAAAGAUUGUUUCAUUUUUCCAACCCACCCAUCUCUUCCUUUCCCCAUUGCUGGGGUCUGAAUGUGACUCCUGUGCUACAAUCCAUGUCUGCCCCAUGGCAGACACAAUUUCUAAGAAUCCUAUUAUGAAUGACUUCUAAACUCAAGAAUCCUUUCAUUCACCUGUUAUAUAAACCGAGAUAGUCAAUUGGAUUUGUUUAAAACAAAAUCCUUUGGACCAAAGAUGUAGCUCUCACAUUUCAACAGAUUCCUACAGUGAGCACAUUUUUGCUCAGAGGUUGAAAGAAUAUGAGAAUUGAACUAAAUUUUUUUAAACAGAUUUAAAAUUCUCCUAGUUUUCUCAACAAUGCCCUGCUGAUGCAGUAAACCACAGCUAAAGUGGCUUUAACAAUGAUGGACCAGUUGGAAAUCAUUUGUGUAUAAAAAGAAGACAUAGAAUUUGAGUCUCUUUGGAAAAUCAGAUGUGAAGUAGCCCCUGGAGCCCAGUGGCUGUUAUGAAAGCAGAGGCACCUUCCCAUUGGCCGAGGGGAUUUACCCAGAUGUCUGGCUUCCACAUAAAAGGCAGGAACCACUGAAGUCAGUUUCUACUUCCACUCAAAGGGCGAUAGCAUAAGCAGCAAACAAGACGAUGGCAAGACUGUUGUUACUUUUCCUUCCAGGUCUUGUGGCCGUAGGCACCGUGCAUGGAAUAUUUAUGGACAAACUUGCAUCCAAGAAGCUCUGUGCAGAUGACGAGUGCGUCUAUACUAUUUCUCUGGCCAGAGCUCAAGAAGAUUACAAUGCCCCAGACUGUAGAUUCAUUAACGUUAAAAAAGGGCAGCAGAUAUAUGUUUACUCAAAGCUGGUAAAAGAAAAUGAAGCUGGAGAAUUUUGGGCUGGCAGUGUGUAUAGCGAUGACCAUGAGGAUGAGAUGGGAACAGUGGGUUAUUUUCCCAGGAACUUGGUGGAGGAGCAACACGUGUACCAGGAAGCCACCAAGGAAGUCCCGACCACAGUAAGUGUCUCAGAGGUGGCCAGAGAAAGACUCAGCUCUUGGCAUAAUGCAGGCUGGUGUUUACGUGCAUCAUGUAACUCACAAUAUGUAUGGAGCAAAGCCCCAGGUUCCCGUGGGGACUUCUGAGACAGAGAGGUUUGGGAGAGCAUCCAUACCUACUACCAAGGUUGAAAGAGUAUUGAACUUUCUCCAUUGACCCCCCCUUUUGUUUUAGUUGAAAGUAAAGAAACCAAAACAGUAUCAUCUGACUCUAACUGAUGGUCACAUAUUUAUUUGCUCAAGACUUGGGCUGGGGAAAAAAUAUACCACCUGUAUUUAAUAAAGUCAAUAUAUUCUGGUAAAAUCUUUGAAUACCUUAUUUUUGUGGUAGACUCCACUUAUGUAUGAAAAAAAAUUACACUCUUUCCAAUGCCCUGGGGUCUUGUAAACCCAGGACAGAAAUAAAAGAUCCCCUUAUAGCUACUUUGUAAGGUGGUUAUUUUGAAGCCGUUCUCCUGGAGCUAACUGCUGUGCUAAAUAAUUUCAAAACAUUGCCCAACCUAACCAAAUGGAAUUCACUUGUCAUCAUUUGUUAGCAUUGAACUUGAAUGUGUCAAAUAACCAUAAAUUAAAAGUGUAUUUGAGAACUUUCAUUUUAAGUGAUUUUACUUUAAAGUGAUAAUUAAGUCAUAAUCUUUGGGUUUCAACCCUUACUUAUUUUAAGUCCAAAUUAAGCUUUGAUUGGGUAUUAUUUUAAAUAAAGAAUCUACAUCUGUUUUCUGGCCCCACCUCUCAGUUCAUUCUUUUUUUCCUUUUGUUUCUGUUCCAGGAUAUUGACUUUUUCUGCGAGUAAGAAAUUAGACAAAUCUGCAAGUAGAAGGAAAACACCAAAAUUAAGAAAAAAGGCAAACAAACAAGAAACCCCAAAUUCUGUGUCCCUUAUUUUGGACUUUGGUUUCCAGGAUUUGUUACCUUACAGGAGGACUAAGGUUUGGGGCCAUAGGUGGCAGAAAAGGAAGGGCUUCAACUCAGUCUCAUUUUCUAUUGGCUUGGUUUCAGCGCAAGUGGGUGAUUGAAAGCAGAGGAUUACUUGUCAGCCUUCUCUUACCGGGGGAUGCAUAGAGAAGAUAGUUCAUCCGUAGCUAUUUCUGAGGAGUAAUUCUCCCCCGCUCUUUGGCUCCCUGUAUAAACCUGGUAGAUCACACAGGUCUUUCCUUGGGACAUGCUGUUUUCUUCCUACAUGACUUUAUGGAAAAUUGGAAUGUUAUAAUUUACACAAAGGUGCUGUAUCAUCAGGGAAUACUCUAGGAUUGUUGUUACUUUUCGCCUUUGAUGGCUUUGGGAUGUGAAGUUGUUGGUGGGGGGAGAGCUAUUCGGACUCAUAGAUGUUUGAACUAUGCUUUUAAAUUUAUCUUUUUAAAAAGUCUCACAAAUUAUUUCAUCUGAAUAAUUUUACCCUCUAAAUGAUCAAUUUACCCCACUCCAAAUUUUAAAUAUGUGUGUAUACAGUGGGGGUGGGACAGGUUAUAAAAUAUUUUUAAUGAGAUGGUUUCCCUUUAAUAUGUGCUACCACUUGGUGUUAUUCAAGCUUCAAGUGAAAAGACACAGAAAAAAAAAAAAAUCUGUAGGUUAUUUUCUCCUUCUGUUUCAACUUGAAUUUCCUCUUCCUGUGCAAAUUCCCCAGUCAAGGACGAUGUGGCAAGAAAAUCUGGUGAGGGACGCAGGUUGGGUAGUUCCAAUUGACCCAUAAGUUUUCCUAUAUUUAACUGGAAAUCUGCUUUGGCUUUGUAUUACUAAUGUCAUUCUUUUGAUGUAGUCAUAAAUUUGUGUUGUU